AUGACUCAGUCAGUCUUCAUACAAGUAGGUCAGUGUGGCAAUCAAAUCGGUCAUCGAUUCUGGGACUUAGCUCUUGCAGAACACGAAACUGCCAAUAAAGGACGUCUUCAUGAUAGUUCAUUUUCUUCAUUUUUUGUAAACGGACCGAAUAACAAAAGUGGUAUCCUGCCUAAAAUUUCUUGCCUCAAAGCUAGAAUAUGGAAGAAGGCGUUGUCAAUGAAAUAUUAA